AUGUCCUCCAACGAGAAUGCUAAUUCCCCGGCUGCCCACCUUAACAGAUUCAAGAACAAGGGGAAAGACAGCACAGAAAUGAGGCGGCGCCGGAUAGAAGUUAAUGAGGAGCUGAGGAAAGGUAAGAAAGAUGACCAGAUGCUGAAAAGGAGAAAUGUAAGCUCCUUUCCUGAUGAUGCUACUUCUCCACUACAGGAAAACCACAACAACCAGGGCACUGUAAAUUGGUCUGUUGAGGAUACUGUCAAAGGCAUAAAUAGCAACAAUUUGGAAAGCCAGCUCCAAGCUACUCAAGCUGCUAGGAAACUGCUUUCUAGAGAAAAACAGCCCCCCAUAGACAACAUAAUCCAGGCUGGUUUGAUUCCAAAAUUUGUGUCCUUCUUGGGCAGAACUGAUUAUAGUCCCAUUCAGUUUGAGUCUGCUUGGGCCCUCACUAACAUCGCUUCCGAGACAUCAGAACAGACCAAGGCUGUGGUAGAGGGAGGUGCUAUCCCAGCAUUCAUUUCUCUGUUGGCAUCUCCCCAUGCCCACAUCAGUGAACAAGCCGUAUGGGCUCUAGGAAACAUUGCAGGUGAUGGUUCGGUUUUCCAAGACUUGGUGAUCAAGUAUGGUGCAGUUGACCCGCUGUUGGCUCUUCUUGCAGUUCCCGAUAUGUCAUCUUUGGCAUGUGGUUACUUAUGUAAUCUUACCUGGACACUUUCAAACCUUUGUCUCAACAAGAAUGCUGCACCCCCAUUAGAUGCUGUUGAGCAAAUUCUUCCCACUUUAGUUCGUCUCCUGCAUCAUGAUGAUCCAGAAGUAUUAGCAGAUACCUGUUGGGCCAUUUCCUACCUUACCGAUGGUCCAAAUGAACGGAUUGAAAUGGUCGUGAAAACAGGAGUGGUACCCCAACUUGUAAAGCUUCUAGGAUCUACUGAAUUGCCAAUUGUGACUCCUGCACUAAGAGCCAUAGGAAAUAUUGUCACUGGGACAGAUGAACAGACUCAGGUUGUAAUAGAUGAGGGAGCACUUGCCAUCUGUCCCAGCCUGCUAACGAACCCCAAAACUAACAUUCAGAAGGAAGCUACGUGGACAAUGUCAAACAUCACAGCUGGCCGCCAGGACCAGAUACAGCAAGUUGUGAAUCAUGGAUUAGUCCCAUUCCUCGUUGGUGUUCUCUCUAAGGCAGACUUUAAGACACAAAAGGAAGCUGUAUGGGCUGUGACCAACUAUACAAGUGGUGGAACAGUUGAACAGAUUGUAUACCUUGUUCAUUGUGGCAUAAUAGAACCGUUGAUGAACCUCUUAACUGCAAAAGACACCAAAAUUAUUCUGGUUAUUCUGGAUGCCAUUUCAAAUAUCUUUCAGGCUGCUGAGAAACUAGGUGAAACUGAGAAACUUAGUAUAAUGAUCGAAGAAUGUGGAGGUUUGGACAAAAUUGAAGCUCUACAAAACCAUGAAAAUGAGUCUGUGUACAAAGCUUCAUUAAACUUGAUUGAGAAGUAUUUCUCUGUAGAGGAAGAGGAAGAUCAAAAUGUUGUGCCAGAAACUACCUCUGAAGGCUAUACAUUCCAAGUUCAGGAUGGCCCUCCAGGGACCUUUAACUUUUAG